GGUCAAGUGUUGGGCGAAAUAGAUCUUACUCCCGGUGCUUUCCUCUUCCCUCCCCGAAAGGAUGUAGUUAAAAGCUAGGGUCAGGAUGUGGAUCACUGCCUGGGCCUCCUCGUUUCAGAUAGUUACGGAGAAUGAUCCUACUUCCUGAAUCCCAAAUCUUUUUUUACUCCGUUGUUUUUGGUUUUGAGAGGAUCUUUGGAGGCAAUACUUACUUGUUGCCUCCUGUAAGAGCUCUUCAUUUUAGAACUCUAUUCUUCUCCUUCCCUCUUUGCAGCUCUCUAAGCCACACGAAGAGUUACAUUUAAAAAAACCUGCGUUUAAGGUGUUUGUAAAUGACUUGUUGGCCCUCAGUUGUGUAUAAUCAAGAAGUGCUUAAGAGUUUGUAGAAAAUUCGAUUGGCCUGCGAGUAAUCCCAGAGUUGAGCUGUCCAAAAGCAGGUGGCUUGUUCGUUUGCAUUUCUGCUUUCAGAAAGGAAAUCAAUGCAGUGAGUUGUUAGAAGUUAGGGGCCUACCCCACGCGUUUAGACUGUUGAUUCGAUUUCCUUUACAGGGUUUUCGGUUUUAGAAAUAAGAAUAAGCUACCAGUCUUCACUUAUUAAAGCUUUUAUGGUUUUAUUUGUUACUGUUAGAUGGCAAUGGAAAAUGGGUUAAAUCUAUUGUGUAAUGUUAUAUUUUAGGAGAAGCCCUAAAUGGAAAAGUUAAAAAUAAUGUUGUGUAUCUCAUUACAUUGUACAGAUCACUGUAAGAAAAUGGUAUCAAAAUAGUUAAUAUCUUGUAAUUAUCAAAGAAACUUCUGGAAUUGGCAUAAAAUAGUUGAGGUUACCCACAAAAUCAUGUUAGCAUGUGUAGCAGACAUUGUGUAGAAGAGUUCAGAUGCAUGAGAGGACUGAAGUAUUCUGACAGAAGAUAUGGCUCGUGGACAGCAGAAGAUUCAGUCUCAGCAGAAAAAUGCCAAAAAGCAAGCUGGACAAAAGAAGAAACAAGGACAUGACCAAAAGGCUGCUGCCAAAGCUGCCUUAAUAUAUACGUGCACUGUUUGUAGGACACAAAUGCCAGACCCUAAGACCUUCAAGCAGCACUUUGAAAGCAAGCAUCCUAAGACUCCACUUCCUCCAGAAUUGGCUGAUGUUCAGGCAUAAAGUUGUUUACAGGUGAAUUCAUGACACCUUUGACUCUUCUACUGUCUCAGAUCUUAGGUAACAAACCUGCAGCUGCUUUUCUAACAAACUGUUGAUCAGCAAAAAUAAAGGGGCUACAGAAACACUCAUUUUUAUGCUGUUCCCUUUUGGGCUUCAUGCAAAGACAAUUCUGUGUAAAUGUACAGUUGACUCUGAUUUGGAAAUCUGAAAAUCAGUCCAUCCUUGUUAUAAAAAAUUUUUUUACAAUUGUAAUUAUAUUGAUGUUCAUAUUGUGUAAAAUAACUCAUUUAAUAAAGUAGUACUUUGAUUUUACAACA